GGCCCUUGGUCGCGAAGGUAUAUAAUUCGAGACCGCUUAUUAGGGUUUUUCUUUCUCUUUAACCUUCCUUCUUUCCAUUCCACCGCCGCUAAGCUGCGAGAAGGGCCAUGGGCAAGGGAACGGGAAGUUUCGGAAAGAGGAGGAACAAGACCCACACUCUGUGCGUGAGGUGCGGACGCAGGAGCUUCCACCUCCAGAAGAGCCGGUGCGGCUCCUGCGGCUACCCCGCUGCGCGGAUUCGGAAGUAUAACUGGAGUGUGAAGGCAAUAAGAAGAAAGACGACAGGUACAGGAAGAAUGAGGUAUCUUCGUCAUGUACCAAGAAGGUUCAAGAACAAUUUCAGAGAAGGGACAGAAGCAGCUCCUAGGAAGAAGGCAGCGGCUGCUGCAGUUUAAAAAUGAGUUUAGUUGUUACUUGUUAAUCUUCCCAGAACAUUAUUGUUUAAGACUCGAGUUUAGUUGUCACAUUUGGCUCGCUUUGAUUGAAAGAAGACAUUGUACUUGUAUUUUUAAAUUGAUGCAUCUCCUUUUAGUUUUGAUUUUUUCCUUUAA